CUCUCUCUCUCUCUCUCUCUCGCGUAUCUGUGUAUGGAAAAGAUGUCCAACUUUGCCACCUCACUUAUGGUAUGGUCAAGCUUAAUAUCAUAUGCUUAUACUGUGCAUGCAAUGGCCCAAUGGCUGCCUAGAGGAAGCUCAACCAGGUUCUAUGAUUUCAAGGUGCAAACCACGAGAAUCACAAAACUUUGCAAUAGCAAGGACAUGGUCACGAUCAACGGAAUAUUUCCGGGACCUGUAAUUUAUGCCCAAGAAGAUGAUAGAAUCGUUGUCAAAGUUACAAAUAUGACACCAUUUAACACCACAAUCCACUGGCAUGGAGUGAGGCAGAGACGGUCGUGUUGGUUCGAUGGGGCUUCAUACAUUACACAAUGCCCAAUUCAGGCCGGCCAAACUUUUACGUAUGACUUCGCAUUGGUGAACCAAAAGGGCACCUUUUUCUGGCAUGCUCAUGUUUCUUGGCUCCGGGCCACCGUUUAUGGUGCCUUUGUUGUUCAUCCAAAAACUGGGCUCCCUUACCCAUUUAAUUACCCAUUUGAAGAGCAUAUUAUAAUCCUAGGGGAGUAUUGGAAGCAGGAUGUGGUACAAAUUGAGCGCACCACUGCAGCAAGCGGUGGAAGUCCUCCAGUGGCAGAUGCCUAUACAAUUAAUGGUCACCCGGGCCCCAACUACAAUUGCUCCAACAAUGAUGUGUAUAAGAUCGAUGUGGUUCCCGGGAAGACGUAUUUGUUAAGGCUGAUAAGCGCAGGCUUAAACUCCGAGAACUUUUUUGCAAUCGCUGAUCACAAAUUAACCAUUGUCGAAGCUGACGCCGAGUACACGAAGCCCUUCACCACGGACCGUGUGAUGCUUGGACCAGGCCAGACCAUUAACGUCCUUGUCACCGCCGAUCAGGCAAUAGGAAAAUACUCCAUGGCCAUGGGACCCUACAGUUCGGCCAAGGGUGCUGCAUUCCAAGAUACAUUAGCCAUAGCCCACUUCAAAUACUUAGGUGCCGUAACUAAUAGCGUUUCAUUACCUGCGCAAUUACCAAGUGUUAGUGAUAAUCUCACCGUUAAGACGGUCAUGGAUGGGCUAAGGAGCCUAAACCCAGUUAAUAUUCCGACGGAAAUCGACACUAAUUUUUUCAUCACCGUCGGACUAAACGUCCAAAAGUGUCACUCAAAGACACCCAAACAAAAUUGCCAAGGCAUUAAUCAUGGGGUUAUGGCGGCGUCUAUGAACAAUAUAAGCUUCAUAAUGCCUAAGAUUUCGCUUUUGGAAGCUUAUUAUAAAAAGAUUAACGGUUCUUUCACUGAGGAUUUUCCUGGGGUACCCCUUAAGUUCUAUGACUUUGUGAAUGGGGCACCUAAUAAUAUUCCUAAUGACACGCAGUCGUUGAAUGGGACGAGGGUCAAGAUCCUUGAAUAUGGGAGCAGGGUGCAACUCAUCUUGCAGAACACGGCGACAGUCACCACUGAGAACCACCCAAUUCAUCUUCAUGGUUUUAGCUUUUAUGUUGUAGGAUAUGGUACAGGGAACUAUAAUCCGCAAGCUGCAAAAUUCAACUUGGUCGAUCCACCUUACAUGAACACGAUCGGAGUUCCGGUGGGUGGAUGGACUGCAAUACGAUUUGUCGCUGACAAUCCAGGGGUUUGGUUUAUGCACUGUCACUUGGACAUACAUCAAUCAUGGGGAUUAGGAACGGCUUUCAUAGUGAAAAAUGGGAAAGGGGAGCUGGAGACACUUCCUCCCCCUCCAGCAGACCUCCCACGGUGCUAGAUUUCUGCUGGAUAAUUCAGAACUGACACUAAUGAGCUAUUGUACGCGAUACUAGUUUCCGAGCAAGGAUUAUUUGGCGCGGAUAGAGAUCCCAACAAUUUAGUUGUCCGAAUUGCUAGAUUUGAACAGUAAACGUGAAAGAGCUCUUGGUGCAAGUGUGUAAUAUGUGUGGUUGGUCCAUAUCUUUUAGAAGACGUCAUUGUAGUCUUAAAAAUGCCAAACUGAUUGGAGUUUCUUUUCCUUCA